AUGGAUGAUUACUUGAGAAGAGUUAUGGAUAUCGUUGAUGAAUUCCGCAUUUCGGGAAAUCGAAAACCGGAUCAUGAGGUAUUCAUGGAACUUCCUGAUAUGACUCUUGUGAAUCUUCUAGAUGUUCUUGAUCUUAUUGGUUCACGAACAAGGGAUGCUAUGCUUUACAUGAUGCAGGAUCUUUAUCUUAGUCUUAAAAUAGCCAAAUCUCAGCAGAAAUGGUGUGGUGUAUGCAAGGAUUACAAUCACAACCAAGUAGACUGUUACUAG